AUGGGGGCCGUUUUUGUAAUAACGCUGGCGAUGCUAACGGCGGCGACGGUUAUUUCUGGAUCGCCGGUGACUCUUUCGUUGGAAAGAGCGUUUCCGACGAAUCAUGGAGUGGAGUUGUUUCAGCUCAGAGCGAGAGAUUUGUUGAGACAUCGGAGAAUUUUGCAGUCUUCAAAUGGUGUUGUUGAUUUCGAUGUUCAUGGUACCUUCGAUCCCUUCCAAGUCGGGCUAUAUUUUACAAAGGUGCAGUUAGGUACUCCUCCAGUAGAAUUUUAUGUGCAAAUUGAUACUGGAAGUGAUGUUCUUUGGGUCAGUUGCAGCUCCUGCACUGGUUGUCCACAGACAAGUGGGCUACAGAUUGAGCUCAAUUUUUUCAACGCCGGGCGCUCCUCAACAUCGUCAUUAAUCUCGUGUUCUGACCGAAGGUGCAACAGUGGAAUACAGUCAUCAGACGCGACCUGUUCCAGUCAGAACAACCAGUGUUCUUACACUUUCCAGUAUGGAGAUGGUAGUGGAACAUCAGGCUAUUAUGUGUCAGAUACGAUGCAUUUGGAUACUAUUUUCGAGGGAUCUGUGGCUACAAAUUCUUCAGCUCCUGUAGUUUUUGGUUGUAGUAACCAGCAGAGUGGAGACUUGACAAAGUCCGACAGAGCAGUUGACGGUAUAUUUGGAUUCGGGCAACAGGAAAUGUCUGUGAUCUCCCAGCUCUCCUCACAAGGGAUUGCUCCAAGAGUAUUCUCACAUUGUCUUAGAGGAGAUAGCACUGGUGGAGGAGUUUUGGUUCUUGGUGAGAUUGUGGAGCCUAACAUAGUUUAUACUCCACUUGUUCCAUCCCAGCCUCACUACAACUUAAAUCUACAGAGCAUCUCUGUCAACGGCCAGGCGUUGCAAAUCGAUGCAUCGGUUUUUGCUACAUCAAACAACAACAGAGGCACCAUUGUUGAUUCUGGAACAACUUUGGCAUACCUUGCAGAAGAGGCUUAUGAUCCCUUUGUCAAUGCAAUUACAGCUACAAUACCACAAUCAGUACGCACUGUUGUUUCUAGGGGAAAUCAGUGUUUCUUAAUUACUAGCAGUGUGGCUGAUAUUUUUCCUCAAGUAAGUCUGAACUUUGCUGGUGGUGCAUCGAUGGUUUUAAGACCACAGGACUACCUUAUACAGCAAACUUCUGUUAGUGGUGCAGCAGUGUGGUGCAUUGGCUUUCAGAAAAUCCAGGGUCAAGGGGUGACAAUUCUAGGAGAUCUCGUAUUAAAAGACAAAAUUAUUGUUUAUGAUCUAGCCGGUCAACGUAUUGGAUGGGCUAACUAUGACUGUUCUUUGUCGGUUAACGUCUCUGCAGCAACUGGCACUGGCAGAAGUGAAUAUGUGAAUGCUGGAGAGAUAAGUGGGAGCAAUUCUUUACAUGAUAAGUAUUCAAAGACAGUAUUCUUGUCUCUCUUCGUAGCAUUGAUUUGCUGCUUUGUGUUUUUAUAG